AUGGACAUUCCGUUAUUGUUUGUGAAAAAUGCGUUUGACGCGCAUUGCUCAACCAUACAAGAAGCUAAUCAAAUGGCAAGAUCUGAACAAAAUCCACCAAUAUUCACUGCAACCACAACAAUUGCUGGACCAAACUUUAAUUGUUUGGAAAAUUAUAAAUUCGAGAUGAAUGAGAAUGGUGAAAUUAUAAAUCUGGUAAAAACUUUUUCGCAAAACGAAUUCAAGGGGAGAAAAGUUGUUCCAAUGAAUGUAAGUUUUUUUUAAUUAUUUUUAAAAAUUUUCAACCCUUACACACAACAAAUACAUGUCAAAAUCAAUUAAAGACACAAGAAACACUGCAAAAACAGAUUUCCCGCAAUUAUUUUCAAACGACAAAUGCAGAAUGUGCGCUCUAGCGACACACUGUGUGCAAACUCUUUCGAAAUUUCCGUCGGCUGAGCGAUUUCAAAAACAAUUAUUUUAUUUUUUUUCACUUUUGCUAGACUCAAAAUUUUUUCUUGAUUUUCAUGAAUUUCGAUUACUUGAAAGGUGUUGAGAAUGAAUAACAAACUCAAUUUCUGCUCAUUUCUAGGACCUCUUGUGUGUUUAAGAACAAACUGUUUCAUGUUUCUUCAAAAAAUAAAAUUUCCAGGAAUUCAACAAUCUUCAAUUCCCAAAUUCUACUGUUCAGUCUAUCAAUGUUCAAAAUUCCGUGCCAGAAUCAACCACAAAUAAUACGGAUUCAUCAGAAGUGGGAAUAGGCAAUAUUCCAAGCUGCAUAUUACCUGCUUUAUCUCAAAUGAACAGAGCCUCCAGUUGCUUGCAGACAAGUGAUACAAAACAAAACCAUGAAAAACCUUCUACAUCAAGUGUUCCUUCAAUUUUUGAUGGAAUUUCGAAUCUCUAUUCACCCCAUCUAAAAAAUCUUGAACAACUUUCUAACUCUCCAACGAAGAAUGGAAGGAAACCUGAUCAACCAGAAUCAGAACCAUCAACAUCAGCAAACAAUGUGAUGAAAAUGAAAAUGGACUCUCCACCAAAUAUUCAAUUGUUUCAUAAUAGUUUGUCACUUCCAAUAUUAAAUGCCCAAUACACUCCACCUACUAAAACUUUCUCUCAACAAAAAUCAUCAACCCCGGGAACAAUUUCUAAUGGGGAACCAAUUUUGGAUACAAACUUUCUGUUACCAAGUUUUGUAAGUACUAUUAUUUUUUAUUUAUUGUUCACAGUUCGAAAUUAUAUUUCAGAAUAACCUUGUUGCUAUUAAUCAUCAACACUAUUCUUAUCCAACAAAUCAAUCAGGAAACUACCCGACUGUAGAUCUCAUUGAAAACAAAUUAUCAAUUCCUAAAUAUAAACAAAAUCUUUCUACUGAUGUAGAAAAAACAUUCAAAGAACCAGUGGAACACAAAAUAUCAUUUGUUCCAUUCAAGAAAAAUAUUGAUCGGCCUGCUGAGAUCAUAACUAUUGAUGAUGAUGAAGAAGACAAGAGGAACGAAGUACCAAAUAUGGUAGUUGGAUAUGAACAUUAUUUGAAUCCUAUUACAAUUAGCAAAGAAGUUGAUGUCUAUGAAGAUUUGAAAUUUGUCAAAGGUAUGUUGAAUACAUUGAUCUCAAAUGAAAUAUUUGAUAUAUUUCAGAAUCAGAAUACUUGAUGUUGCACAAAUUGAUGGAAGAUAUAAAUCAUCCUGAUGGUAUCAUUGAUACAUUGAAGUGUCGUUUAUUCAUGAAAUUUCGAUCCGAGUUUUCGUUUCAAUAUAUUCCCAAUGAAAUUCUUCAAACCUGCAUUGAUAUUAUAUUACGCAAAGCACUUUCUCUUGUUGAUGGAUCUUUGAGACAUACAACAAUGACUGUUAGGUGCGAAUUUUAAUGCAAAAAAUUGUAUUAAUGAUAUAAUAUAAUUUUUUCAGUUUUCAUCAACCUUUCUUACCAAAUCUCAAACAGUCGUUUGAAGAUGUCACAUAUGAGUUUUUCAAUGGACCAUAUUUGGUCCAACAUAUUGAGAAAAUGCGUAGUACAAUUCCGAUGUUUCAUAUUAAUGAUAUGUUUUUUGUUCAAGUAGAUAUUGGAGAACAAAAAGAAAGAGGAAUCGUGAAAGGACAUAAAACACUAUUGAAAGCUGUAUGUAUCGGAAUUGCGUAUAUUGAUCAACUCGAUGGUCAAAAAGAAACCAAGGAUAUAUUUAUUGAACUUAUGACAUCUAAAGCUGCCCAAAAUAAAGCAGCAUUGCAGUUACAAAGAAAAUUAGGAGUUACCGAGCAUGAAGCAAACGGAAAUCUCAAAUUGAUCAGAAAAAUUAUAACUUCACUUCCUGAUAUCAAACUUACUGUAAUAUCCAGUAAAGGGCUACCGAGAAAUUAUAAUAAAUGCGGUGAAAAAAACAUCACUGUGUCCGAAGUUAAUGGAAGAUUCGACAUUUUGCUGCCAUCUUAA